GCAAGACGUCAUGAUGCUAUAUGUACGAUGGCCGACAAUCCACCUCCAUCGACCUUAGCGGCCCAGCUCGUGGAAAACAUUUCUGCCUCAACCAAAUCCUCGAAAUCAGACGAGAACAGUGAACUUAAGGGCCUCUUUGCGAUCAUCCAGCGGGUCAAGAACGACCCAACGCUUCUGAAAUCCGUAAACGAGCGAGUCGAGCACAACCACCUGCUCAUCUACGUAUACACCCAAGUCGUCCUCGACGGGAUCAAAUUCGACGAUCCAUUCCUCGAUCGCGCCCACGUACGGGCAGAGGCGCUCAAGACUAUUAAUUUUCUGCGGAUCACAGUCAAGGAGACACCAACAGUGCUUGCCUACAAGCCAGAUGGAGAAGCCUUCUUGUAUCGAGGGUCAGAGCCCCUGUGGGUAUGGCUGUUUCCACAGCUCUUCAGGCUGCUGGGACAUCCUCAGUCCAUCGGCCUCGUUGAGAGCAUCGAAAGUCUCGUGCAGUAUUUCCUCCUAGUUGUUGCACAAACACCGGCCCUGUGGGAUUCAGCUCCAGAGAUGGUCCUCUAUCUGCGGGCGAUGUUGUCUAGCCUCCUUAGUUAUCUUCAGGAUCCCUCGACCGUCCCUUGUCAAGAAGAUUCCCCAACGACUCUUGACCUACCUCCGACAUUCACUCUCGACUAUAUCCUCCAGCACCGAUCGCAUUCCGGCCGGCUGAUGUACCACGUCGACCGAACCUCACAAGCCAUCCAGCAAGUCACCAGUUUGAGAGAUAUUUUAUUCUAUCCAUUGAUCUCUGGAGAUUAUGCAUUCCACAACAUUGUCUCAUUCACGGAAUGUGGGAUAUGGCUCUUAGAUGCUCUAAUUGAUGUGCGGACUAUUCGGAAGCGCUGGAACAAAGUCAUUCCCAACUCGUCCCUUCGUACCAUUGAGACGAUUCUGAGCGUUGUACAAGCCUUUUCGGAAAAGCCGACCACUUCCUCUGCUUUUAAAAGAAAAGCAAUUACACUGCUCAUACUGCUAUGCAGCGAGAUGAUAUCGAACCCUGAAGAAUCCCCUGCGGAAGAUACCGCCGAGCCCGAGGCCCAACGCACAUAUUGCGUCGCAUUGACAACGAUUGCAAAGGCAUCGAUUCAGGACAGAUCCCUCAGCCGACUUGCAGCAUCCAAGUUGGUUGAUGAGCCUCUGUUAUUAUGCCCAACCUUGUCAGAGGACUCUGACCUUUGGAGAACGAUUCAUACGCUCAGACAAGUUACCACCGUGCCUCUUCCAAAUUCACUCGACCCAAGUACACAUCCAUCAAAUUUCCAAGACGACCACAUUCGGAAAGCCAUUCAGGAGUUGUCCUUGACAUAUGAGGACCAGGAGGGAAGUCCCGAUGACCGUGUAAAAAGGCGGAAGAUUAUAAAGGCAUCUCCGCAUGCACACGAUUCUCUGAUUCAUUUGAUACACGAGGCCCUGAACAUCACAAUCGACCCAAGCCAAGCCACCGGGAUUUCCGAGCCUGAGUUUUUGAAUGCAUUCCAGAGGGUUGAUGAAUCUCGCCAGUGCCUCGCCAUCGAGCUUCUAUCCCAAACCUGCUGCUUGCGAAAUGACAAACUUGGGGAACCAGUGAAAGAUUUUAGCUGUUCUAUCUGUGAUACAGUGGCCACCCGAGGCCAGCCAUCGAGUGUCACAACGAACGGCUCCAAAGCUGAGAUCCAGAAGAUCUUUGAGAAACUUGUUCGUUUGCCGUGCCUCGCAGAGUCUCGACGCCCAAGGGUGGCAGCAAUGUUGGCCUUGAGGAGGUUCAUUCUGCAUGGCGAUGAUCAAACAGGGUUGCUUGAUUUAGAAACGUCUAGCUUGGGGCAGUGGUGUCUUCAGUCUUUGAACAGUUCUGUCAGAGAACUUCGAAUCGCAGCUGGAAGAGCACUAGCGACUUUCUCACUGGACAGAUCAAUCCCUACUCCAGAUCAGGAUGUGGUUUGCCGAAAUAGAAAAAAUUCGAUCACGUUUUUGAGAUCAAUUUCGGAGAAGAACCAGGCCAACAUGGUUGAGACUUGCAUAAUGGCUUGGGGGCAGCUGGGCAGGGUCGUCUCCGAGGAUGAGCUCAAUCUAGUCCUUAUCAAACUCCUAGAAUACCUCGGAAGCAACAACAACAUUGUAUCCGCCUUCGCCUUCAACGAGCUUUCCAAUCUUUCCGAAGCAAGAAACACCACUGCGCGCCGCCUCUUCGAGCCCUUUUGGCCAAGCCUUGCAUACAUGGCCACGAAAGACAUGGUUCACCGUCCUCAGAUGAGUCGGGCCAUCGCCGAACUGCUACAAAUAUCCGUCAACGACCUCCUCUUGCUUGUCCAGACACAUGCAUUACCUUGGCUCGUGCUUGACAAGCAGAAGGAUGUCAUCCAGAAGAUCACGGAUGCGCGAAAGGAGAACGAAAUUUGGCAGCCGCUCAUGGACAGUUCAAACCUCGCUGCUACCCUUGCCUUGCUACUAGUCCAGGAUACAGAGGACAUUGAAGGAUUUGCAAAGUCUCGUCUCGAUGAAAUCUCGCCCCAUUUUCACUCUCUUGGACUCCUUGGACUCCUUCAGGCGGAACCAGUGCUCAUCGCCAUGGAUUUGUUAAAGGCAUCUGGUGAGGCAGAUGAGUCUCGAAAGCCAGCAAUCCGCAAAGCUCUUAGCACCAUGGCGACGAUGAUCUUGAUCGCGAAUAAGGAAGCGAGACAGAAAAAAGGAAAUCCAACUGGUCGUUUUCUUCAGUCCCACCUUCUUGGGCUCAUGGCUCGCCUCACAGACGUCAUCAAUGAUUCGCUUUCCACCCAUCCUCCUGCACAGGAACAACGGCGAUGCAUUCGGGCGAUGGAGGAAAUGAUUAGGGUUUGCCGAGAUUAUGCGAGAAUCGCGCGGCCCCAGAUGUCCGCAUGCCUUCUAUCUGCCUUGUCACACGAUGCAUUACGAGAAGUGAGCUUCUCGUGCUGGGCAGCUAUGCUAACCCAUCUUGAGGAGGAGGACGUUGAAGCACUCCUUGAAACCACUUUCUUUAUCGUGGACCGCUAUUGGUCCUCGUUGAACUCAGAAACUUUGACAACAGUAAAACGUAUGCUGGCCUUUGUCCUCGAGCAUUACGAGGGUGUUGUUGCAAACCAUAUCAGCAAGUUGCCCUCGCUCAGUCAUAUUGCAGGGUUGAAGGAUGUUGAGUCAAGAUUGAGGAUGUUACGACCAACUUUGGCCGUGGAAGAAGCCCUAGAGGUCUUUUCCGAAAGAAUUGGACACGAAAACUCUGGCGUUGUUCUCCAAGCCUUGACUGAGCUGGUCCCCUACCUCCGGACUAACCAAAACGCAUUGCACAACUCCGCAGUUAGUCAACAACCAGACACUACCAUCGCUACCCUCAUGAGAGCAUUGCUCGACUGCGCGUGCAAAUACAAUGGUGUACAAGCGGAAAUUGCUCGGCUAUGCACAGAGUCCAUGGGCUUAAUUGGAUGUCUAGAUUCGAACAAGGUCGAGGCCGUGAGAGAACAGCGAUCCAUUAUUGUGCUGAACAACUUUGAGGGAGGUGAGGAGACAACGGAUUUUGCCUUCUUCCUUCUACAAGAGGUUCUAGUGCCUUCAUUCUUGUCCGCUACCGACGUCAAGCUCCAGGGUUUUCUGUCGUUUGCAAUGCAAGAGCUUCUGGAUAAGUGCGACAUCAAGGCCGCGUGCGCCAUGCAGGGCACUGGUAUGCUCGGUGGCAACGACAUCUACCGAAAAUGGAUCACUAUUCCGGAAGCUACUCGCGAAGUGAUAGCACCCUUCCUUACAUCGAGGUACAUGGUGGCACCCAUGCUUCCAGUCAAGGUGGAAUACCCCAUCUUCCGUCCGGGACGGAUUUAUGGGAACUGGUUGAGAAUGCUCGUGGUAGAUCUUUUGCGAAAGGGGCAGAACCCGCAUGGCGACAUGCUCUUUGAGCCCCUUACUCGAGUUAUCCGAGUCAAAGAUCUCUCUGCCGCAGAAUUCCUUCUCCCUUACCUAAUGCUGCACAUCCUUCUAGGUGCCAGAAGCAGCGAGCAAGAAAGGAAAGACAUCAUUGGCGAGAUGCUUUGUAUUCUCCAACAUCAACCAGCCGAAAAUGCAACCUAUAUGGAAAGGGAAGAAAUGAAGCUCUUUUGCCACGCUAUCUUUCGUGUGGUCGACUACGCAAUGAGAUGGAUUCAAGCCAAGAGAUCCGCUGGCCGACUUAGUGAGUCUGACAAGGAAAAGUUGGCAUGUGUUCAGAAGGCUCUAGACACAAUACCGGCUGAGUUGAUAUCUCAAAGAGCCAUUGACUGCAACGAGUAUGCCCGGGCUCUAUUUCAUCUCGAGCAACAUGCUCAGAAAAUGGAACAACGGAAGCGAGGCCCUGACGAUCGUACUCGUCUCCUCGAGAGACUCCAAGACAUAUACGCAAACAUUGAUGAGCCCGAUGGGUUGGACGGAAUAUCCUCUCAUCUGCAUGUUCUGGACAUCAAUCAGCAAAUCCUCGGUCACCGAAAAGCUGGUCGCUGGACGGCAGUACAGAGUUGGUACGAAAUGAAGCUCACGGAGAAUCCCGACAAUGUGGACGUUCAGGUCGAUCUGCUACACUGUCUGAAACAGGCAGGUCAACAUGACGUACUCCUUAACCAUGUCGAGGGCAUGCACACAGAUCCUUCCACAGACAAUAAGAUCAUGCCAUUCGCUGUGGAAGCCGCAUGGGUAACUGGGAGAUGGCCCAGUCUCAUCAAGUUCACAAAUCGGUUCCACGGCGACGUCAUCCAAGACUUUAACGUAUCUCUAGCGACCAUUUUCGACAAGUUGCACAAGAACCGCGCUUCCGACGAGCACCUCAAAACAAUACGAGACAUGAGAGACAAGAUUUCGUCUGCUAUGAAUACUUCAGCAACUGCCUCACUCCAGGCUUGUCAUGAUCAUUUGCUCAAGUGUCAUGUUCUCACUGAUCUGGAAAUCAUCCUUGCAGCCAAGACUGGAGAUGAAGCAUCGCAUCGCAAAACAAUGGCACUCUUGGACAGACGGCUUGAAGUCAUCGGGGCUUACGUCAAUGAUAAGCAAUACCUUCUGGGUAUCCGUAGAGCUGCUAUGGAACUUGCCCGACCAACGUUUUCAGAUGUUGACAUCUCAGGACUCUGGUUGACGAGUGCGCGACUCGCAAGAAAGUCCAAUUCCCUCCACCAGUCUUUCAACGCGGUGCUACACGCCUCGCAGCUGGGUGACGAUGCCGCCACUAUUGAGAACGCGAAACUACUGUGGAAAGAUGAUCAGCACCGCAAGGCUAUCCAGAUGCUCCAGGGUGCUAUCCAGGGGAACAAGUUCAUGACCCAGACUGGUGCAUCAACUAGCACAAACUCCACAAAGUUGAACUCACAUCAAAAGCUCUUGACGGCCAGAGCGCAACUCCUCCUAGCUAAGUGGCUCGACAACGCAGGGCAAACGCACGCUGGAGCAUUACGAGAAAAGUAUCAGCAGCCGCCAAAGACGUUCUCAAACUGGGAGAAGGGGCACUAUUACCUCGGCCGUCACUACAAGAAGAUUCUGGAAUCGGAGAAGCCGCUCAAGGUCGACGAUCAAAGCGACAAUUACGUUACUGGCGAGAUUGCCAGGCUGGUCAUUGAGAACUACGUGCGGUCAUUAAACUCUGGGACCAAGUAUCUGUACCAGACUCUGCCAAGAAUCCUCACACUAUGGCUAGACCUGGGAGCACAAGUGGACAAGGCCCCCGAGGGCAAGGUGUCCCUGUCUCGCGAGCUUCACCGGCGGCGUGUCGAGCAGUUGAACCUUCUGCAUUCGUUCCUGGACAAGUAUAUUCACCGUCUACCUGCGUACAUCUUUUACACAGCCUUGCCACAGAUUGUGGCACGUAUUGCCCAUCAGAACACUAAUGUUUUUGACCGGCUUACACACAUCAUCGUCAAAGUUGUGGAGGCCCAUCCUCGCCAGGCUCUAUGGAGUCUCAUUGGUAUUAUGACAACAAAGCAGGUGUCGGAGCGAAAGGCACGAGGCACCCAGAUCCUCCAAACAUUAAGGAACGUAUCUCGGAAAGUGGAAGGGUCGUCCUUCGACAUGAAGUAUCUCCUGCGAAUGGGAGAGAAGCUAGCUGAACAGUUGCUUCUCGCUUGCACCAACGGGGACUUCCAUGGUAACAAGACAGUACAUGCCAGUCUGACUAGAGAUCUGCGCUUCAACCAUAAGAGCACGCCAUGUCCUUUGGUGGUACCCGUGGAAGGAUCCUUGACGGCGACACUUCCGGCGGUGUCAGAGUAUGUCAAGAAACACAAGGCCUUCUCGAGAGAUGUAGUUACUAUUGACUGCUUCCUGGAUGACGUUUUGGUGUUGAGUUCACUAGCAAAACCAAGGCGCCUUACUGCACGGGGCACCGAUGGUAAAAGCUACAUGCUCUUGAUCAAGCCAAAGGAUGAUCUCAGGACUGACCAACGUCUAAUGGAGUUCAACGGCCUGAUCAACCGAUCGUUGAAGCGGGACGCAGGAUCGAGUCAGAGGCAGCUGUACAUUCGGACAUACGCUGUAACGCCGCUCAAUGAAGAAUGCGGUAUCAUCGAGUGGAUUCCGGGGAUCAAGACAAUGCGAGAUAUUCUCAUCAACCUCUAUGCCUCACGCAAGGUGUACCCAGACUACACAGCACUCAAACAGCUCAUGGAUGAGGCAUGCAUGUCGGAAGCCAAGAACCGCAUAUUCACAGACGAAGUCCUGGGGAGAUUCCCCCCGAUGCUCCAUCUCUGGUUCACGCAACAGUUCCCCAACCCGUCAACAUGGUUUGACGCGCGUCUAAGAUAUACACGCUCAUGCGCCGUCAUGUCCAUGGUGGGCACGAUGCUGGGCCUGGGUGACCGGCACGGUGAGAACGUGAACUUGGAGGAGGGCAAUGGCGGAGUCUUUCACGUCGAUUUCAAUUGUCUUUUCGACAAGGGACUAACGUUUGCGAAGCCGGAGCGUGUGCCGUUCCGUCUUACACACAACAUGGUGGCAGCGAUGGGCAUCUACGGCUACGAGGGACCGUUCCGCAAGUCAUGCGAGCUCACGCUGACGAUUCUGCGUCAACAGGAGGAGACACUGAUGACGAUCUUGGAGGCAUUCAUCUACGACCCAACUCUGGAUCUGCAAAAGGAGAAACGCGCGCACCGCAGAGGAGACGUGGGGGUCAAACUACAGCCGCAGAGCGUGGUGGACAGCAUCAGGCGAAAGGUGAAGGGCUUGCUGGCGAACGAGAGCAUUCCGCUGGGCGUUGAGGGACAGGUGGAGGAGCUGAUCAAGCAGGCGGUUGACCCGAGGAACUUGGCCGCCAUGUACAUUGGAUGGUGUCCGUUCUUGUGAGGCAGCCUUUGUUCUACAUGUGGGAUCAAGUGUGACAAAGGAUCGGAUCAUGCGCGGGAAGGAAAAGAAAAUACCAGGCUGGCUGGCUAUGAGGUUUCAGGAGCCAAACGGGGAUAAAUAAUUUUAAAUUAAGAGCCGGAGUUCAAAAGGAUCCAUCAGUUUCUACAUGCACAGUGUCCUUUUUUCUUUUUUCUUUU